UAUCUGGGGAAUAACUUAUGUACAGGAUCGCUUUGUACAUACUGUGCUGUAUAUUUUAUUAUUAUAUUAUUAAAAUAAUUGCAUUUCCAUGUUCUGUGUACUGUGGGAGACCAGAUAUAGUGAAUGCAGGGUCCGGGGAGACCGGAUAUAGUGAAUGCAGGGUCCUGGGAGACCAGAUAUAGUGAAUGCAGGGUCCGGGGAGAGUGGAUAUAGUGAAUGCAGGGUCCGGGGAGAGUGGAUAUAGUGAAUGCAGGGUCCGGGGAGACCGGAUAUAGUGAAUGCAGGGUCCGGGGAGAGCGGAUAUAGUGGAUGCAGGGUCCGGGGAGAGCGGAUAUAGUGAAUGCAGGGUC